GGUGUCUGGUAUGAUGAUUGAUGAUCGUCUGUAACCGUAUUUAUAUUUUUAGGUUAUAUUUUUAAAAUUGUAUUCAUUAUUUUAUUUUGAUGGUAUUCAUUUUAUUUGUGUGUUUGAUCAGACACGAUGGGAGGCGAUGAAAAUAUUUCCCAUUUCACUUUUUCUAUGUUAGAAAGUAAAGUUGACAGUCGCAUCUUGAAAUCACUAAAAUCAAUGGGGUUUCUAAAGCCAACACAAAUUCAAGCCAAAGCAUUACCCCACAUGCUUCUUGGGCACGAUAUCAUCGGUGCCGCGAAGACGGGCAGUGGGAAAACUUUGGCGUUCUUAAUACCAGCUGUAGAAAAAUUAAUCAACAUGGAAUUCAGUAAGAAACAUGGUGUUGGUUGUUUGAUUAUUACUCCAACCAGGGAGUUAGCUCUACAAAUUAAUGUGGUGCUCAAGAAACUGUUGACGGAAAUUAAUUUAACACACAGCUUGCUUGUUGGAGGUGAAAAGAAAUUGAAAGAAAUUGCAUCAUUGCAAAAAGGUGUUAAUAUUAUAGUUGGGACACCUGGCCGUAUAUUAGAUCACUUAGAGAAUACUUCUGGUUUUAACUGUAAUAAUCUUAAAUGCCUCGUCCUGGAUGAAGCUGAUAAAUUACUUGAAGCUGGCUUUCAGAAACACAUUUCUGGAAUUAUAAGGAGAUUGCCAAAAAAAAGACAAACAGUAUUAUUCAGUGCAACUAUAGAUGAGAAAGUUGAGAAUCUUGCAAGAUUGGCAUUGAAGGAUAACCCUAAAUUAAUAUCUGUGAAAGAUGAAAGACAGUCAACAGCUGCAGGUCUAGAGCAAGGUUAUUGCAUUUGCCCAGUGGAAAAGAGAUUGUGUUGGCUGUAUAAAAUGCUGAAGAAGUGCAAAAAGUUAAAAGUAAUGGUAUUCUUUUCUUCCUGCAAAUCUGUUGAUUUCCACUAUGAGUUCUUCAAAGUACAUUGUAAGGCAGCAGUAAUUAGUAUCCAUGGUAAGCAAAGUCAACCUAGAAGAAAAGAUGCAUACCAAACAUUUGUUCAAGCAAAAAAAGGAGCAUUGUUUUGCACUGAUGUAGCAGCUAGAGGUUUAGAUAUUCCAUCAGUCAAUUGGAUUGUACAGUAUGAUCCCCCUACAGAUAUGAAGGAAUACAUUCACAGAGUUGGACGUACGGCGAGAGGUUUAAAUAACACUGGCAAAGCUGUAAUAUUGCUACGAGAGGAGGAAGAGAAAUUUGUUGAAUAUUUGAAGAGAGAAAAAGUUUAUUUAGACAAAUACAAUUUUGGCGAAACUCCCGAUGAUGUACAAAAAAUGCUACAAGACAUUAUUCAAAAGGACGGCACUAUGAAGAUUCUAGCUCGAAAAGCAUACCUUUCAUUUCUAAGAUGCUACAAAAAACAUCCACAUAGUGAAGUUUUUGAUAUAAAGAACUUGGAUUUAAAACUUGCAGCUACAGCGUUCGGAUUUUCGGAGCAACCUCACGUCGAUUUCCUGAAAACUAGGAAACGCAAGCAAACGAAUGUUGAUGCAACAACUGCAAGUUAAAACUUUGUUAUUACGUUAUGUAUAUAUUUUAUAUGAAUAAACAACGAAUUUAAUGUGA